AUGUCGCCAGGGACCGAAAGCACACUCGACCCCUUCAACACCGAUGGGAAAGCCUGCGAGAUGGAGUGGCAUUGCACUCAACGCGGCGACGUCCCAGUCGUAUCCGACUUGCCCUCCAUCGACUUUUCAAAGUCGUUGUUUUACGCAGCCAAGUCAUACUUUGGCCUACUAAACCAUUUGAUAGACGAAAGCGCUUACCUCAAAAACCUCGAUGAGUUUUACGAAAACCCGGCACGUAAGGCGGCCUCUUGUCGGCUCUGGUACGCCCAGCACCUUCUCAUCCUGGCGUUCGGAAAAGCGUUUGUGCUUCGGAGGAGGUGCGCUCGUGGGAAGCCGCCGGGCCACGCGUUUGCAGAAAGAGCAAUGACGCUGCUGCCUAGGCAAGGCGACUUGGGUGGGGACUCGUUGCUUUCGGUGCAAGUUCUUGUGCUAGCAGCCGUCUAUCUUCAAUCCAUCGAUCUGAGAGUCGCGGCGUUCCAAUAUAUUGGGCAGGCGUCGCGCCUUUGUGUGUGUAUAGGAAUGCACCGCCAUAUGCCGGAACACAUCUUUGGACCCGAACUCUCACGCCGAUAUAAUCUUAUCUUCUGGGUUACUCACAUUAUUGAUUCCGAGUUCUCUGCGCUUAUGGGUGGUACCGCCGGAAUCCAUAACCAGCAGAUCACCGCCAAGCUACCGUGCUUGACUAGUAACUCUCUGGAGGCUCUGAGCAUGUCUCUACACGUGCGAUUGUCCCGGUUAAUGGCGACAAUCCUCACAACCGUAUAUGGUGUCGGUCACGAGUUCGACGGCUCUCUUGUCAAACACAUUCAGUCGAAUCUUCGCACACUAGCGCAGAUCUCAACGGAGCUCCAUGAUCUCUUGGACACGCACUUUGACGGGCAGAUUCCAAGAGCAUCUCGAACAGUCUCGAGGUUGAUGCUUUCGUAUCACCACUGUGUCGUAUUGACAACCAGGCCUCUCGUCAUGUGUGCUCUUCACCUGCAUCUAGAGCGCGCAAACUCCGAACAGUUCGAGAGCCUAGAGCUGCGGCCGCCCAUGUCGUCGAUCCUGCGAUCCUGUGUUGACUCGGCACGCACGACUCUCCGGACCCUGUUUGUGCUUAGUGAGGGAGACCUGCUAGAAUCUUUCAUGCCCUUCGACUUGGAGGAUGCGUACUCUUCGGCAUUUCUACUUCAUCUCCUCCGGGUCAUAAGCCCUUCUCUGCUUCCCGACAACGGGUGGCGGGACGACAUCAACCACAUACUCCAGCAUAUGGUCGACAAUGGCAGUGUAGUCGCACCGCUGCGUCAACAAGAACUUCAGCAGCUAGAGAGGACAUUGGAAUCGAUUACACCUCGCUACUCUGGGCCCUCCGAUCCAUCCGGGUUGGAUCCCGGAGACGACACCCAGUGGCCGGUGCCGGAGUACGUCGAUGAGCCGGACAGGGACUUUAUCGCGAUGGAUUGCCUCGAACCUUCCUCCAAUGCUUUACUCGAUUGGGCCGAUCAGUUGGACAUGCCCGACUUCUUGGCAGCGAUGGACUGCGGAUUCGGAGGAGGCGCUGGCGGAAGUUGA